AAAUCUACUCUGAAGAAGAAGUUCCAGUGUGUGUUUGAGGGGAUCUCUAAAGCAGGAAACCCAACCCUUCUGAAUCAGAUCUACACAGAGCUCUACAUCACAGAGGGAGGGACUGGAGAGGUCAAUGAUGAACAUGAGGUCAGACAGAUUGAAACAGCAUCCAGGAAACCAGCCAGACCAGAAACAAGCAUCAGACAAGAAGACAUCUUUAAAACCUCACCUGGAAGAGAUGGACCAAUCAGAACAGUGAUGACAAAGGGAGUGGCUGGCAUUGGGAAAACAGUCUUAACACAGAAGUUGACUCUGGACUGGGCUGAAGACAAAGCCAACCAGGACAUACACUUCACAUUUCCAUUCACGUUCAGAGAGCUGAAUGUGCUGAAAGAGAAAAAGUUCAGCUUGGUGGAACUUGUUCAUCACUUCUUUACUGAAACCAAAGAAGCAGGACUCUGCAGGUUUGAAGAGGUCCAGGUUCUGUUCAUCUUUGACGGUCUGGAUGAGUGUCGACUUCCUCUGGACUUCCACAACACUGAGGUCCUGACUGAUGUUACAGAGUCCACCUCAGUGGAUGUGCUGCUGACAAACCUCAUCAGGGGGAAACUGCUACCCUCUGCUCGCCUCUGGAUAACCACACGACCUGCAGCAGCCAAUCAGAUCCCUCCUGAGUGUGUUGACAUGGUGACAGAGGUCAGAGGGUUCACUGACCCACAGAAGGAGGAGUACUUCAGGAAGAGGUUCAGAGAGGAGGAGCAGGCCAGAAGGAUCAUCUCCCACAUCAAGACUUCACGAAGCCUCCACAUCAUGUGCCACAUCCCGGUCUUCUGCUGGAUCACUGCUACAGUUCUGGAGGAUGUGUUGGAAACCAGAGAGGGAGGAGGGCUGCCCAAGACCCUGACUGAGAUGUACAUCCACUUCCUGGUGGUUCAGUCCAAACUGAAGAAUGUUAAGUAUGAUGGAGGAGCUGAGACAGAUCCACACUGGAGUCCAGAGACCAGGAAGAUGAUUGAGUCUCUGGGAAAACUGGCUUUUGAGCAGCUGCAGAAAGGAAACCUGAUCUUCUAUGAAUCAGACCUGACAGAGUGUGGCAUCGAUAUCAGAGCAGCCUCAGUGUACUCAGGAGUGUUCACACAGGUCUUUAAAGAGGAGAGAGGACUGUACCAGGACAAGGUGUUCUGCUUCGUCCAUCUGAGUCUUCAGGAGUUUCUGGCUGCUUUUCAUGUCCAUCUGACCUUCAUCAACUCUGGAGUCAACCUGCUGUCAGAAGAACAAUCAACCUCCAACUGGUCUAAACUGUCCACAGACAAACCUGAUCCAACACAGCUCUACCAGAGGGCUGUGGACAAGGCCUUACAGAGUCCAAAUGGACAUCUGGACUUGUUCCUCCGCUUCCUCCUGGGUCUUUCACUGCAGACCAAUCAGACUCUCCUGCGAGGUCUGCUGACACAGACAGGAAGUGUCUCACAGACCAAUCAGGAAACGGUCCAGUACAUCAAGAAGAAGAUUGAAGAGACUCCCUCUGCAGAGCAAAGCAUCAACCUGUUCCACUGUCUGAAUGAACUGAAUGAUCGUUCUCUAAUGGAGCAGAUCCAACAGUCCCUGAGUUCAGGACGUCUCUCCACAGAUAAACUGUCUCCUGCUCAGUGGUCAGCUCUGGUCUUCAUCUUACUGUCAUCAGAAAAAGAUCUGGAUGUGUUUGACCUGAAGAAAUACUCUGCUUCAGAGGAGGCUCUUCUGAAGCUGCUGCCAGUUGUCAAAGCCUCUAACAAAGCUCUGUAA